AUGAAGUUCUCUCAAGCCACUAUCCUCGCUUUUGCAGCUUUGGCAAUUGCUACUCCAGCUCCAGCCCCAGCUCCAGCUCCAGCUGCUGACAACAACAACAAUGUGCUCAAGAAACUUGUCAAGAAGGAAAACUGCGACCAACAAGUAGUUCAAGGCCACCACCAACACAAGAGAGCAGUGGUUUACGACUAUGCCUAUGUCACCAUCACUGUUGAUGCCAAUGGUAACCCAGUCAGCACUGUUGAGUCAACCUCCACCGAGUCCACUGUUCUGUCCGAACAAACCUCAUCCACCUCAACUGAUGUAUCAUCCACCACUACUAUUGUGCAAAACGACUCGUUAACUUCAGGUCAACAAUCUGCCUCUGAACAACCAUUGGGAACUUUGACUGAAUCCUCAGCAAUUGCCUCAUCCACUAGCUCAAGCUCCUCAGGUUCCUCAAACGGCAUUUACGGCGACUUGGCUGACUUUGAAGACCCAACCGAAGAGUUUCAAGAUGGCGUUUACUCAUGUGACACUUUUCCUGUUGGCCAAGGUGUUAUCGCCUUGAACCAUUUGGGAUACGGUGGAUGGUCAGGAAUCUACAACUCUGACACCUCAACUGGUGGCUCAUGCAAAGAAGGCUCCUACUGUUCUUAUGCUUGUCAAAGCGGUAUGUCCAAGACCCAAUGGCCAGACGACCAACCAUCCAAUGGUGUUUCCGUUGGUGGUUUGCUCUGUAAAAAUGGUAAAUUGUACAAGUCCAACACCAGAUCCAACUACUUGUGUGAAUGGGGUGUUGACAAGGCCCACGUCAAGAGUGAAAUUGGAAAAAGCGUUGCCAUCUGUAGAACCGAUUACCCAGGUACCGAAAAUAUGGUUAUCCCCACUGUUGUUGGUGCCGGUGAAACAUCUGUGAUUACCGUUGUCGAUCUGGAUACUUACUACACAUGGAGAGGCGGUUCCACUUCGGCGCAGUACUAUGUCAACAAUGCCGGCGUUUCCUACGAAGACGGUUGUCUUUGGGGAACAUCUGGAUCAGGUGUCGGUAACUGGGCCCCAUUGAACUUUGGUGCUGGUUACACAAAUGGCAUUGCUUACUUGUCAUUGAUUCCUAACCCAAACAAUUACGACUCAUUGAACUUUAACGUCAAGAUCGUUGCUGCUGAUAGUUCCUCUUCUGUGAGUGGACUGUGUGUUUACGAGAACGGUAAGUACAAUGGUGAUGGUACCGAUGGUUGUACUGUUGGUGUUACCACAGGUACAGCCAACUAUGUCUUGUACAAUUGA